GAUACGGAAGUAUGGUUAAAUAAUCUACGGUGUCCUCAUUAUUGAACUUGAAAGGGCAUGGAGUAGAAGCGCGUUAAUCCCCCUCUUCGGCAUCAUCCACAGUGAAUGGAAAUCCCCCUCGAAAUCCACCGGACAAUCCAGGGAAAAGAAACAGGAAUAGUGUCUGCUUCAGGCAAAUUUCCCGACCCCCAGACGGAUUUAGUCCGAACACCGUCCAAGAGCGAGGGGAAGUGCAUCGCUCUUCAACCCGAUUAGUCGCCACGACGCACCGUGGCGUUUCUCGGCUUGUUCCUGGUCCUGAUCUCCAGAUUAUGCUCGCUAUGCUCCCCCACGGCCCUUGCGUUCAGAGGCUUGCUGCAUACGGAUUUUACUAUCUAAUCCUGCCAUGAGCUGCUCACUUCCAUGCCCGGGAUGCCGGAAACGGAAAAUCAACUGUGAUGAAAACCGGUCGGAGUGCGGCCAGCGUGCAAGUAGUGGCCGGGUCAUGUCGUUAUGCCCUUCCAUUUCACUCUGCGUAUAGUGGUCUGACUCGUUUCCAUAGUAAGCCCCUGUUGUAGACCCGGCGUAUGUAGUGAGCGUUCCGGAUUGAACUUUCCUUCUGUAUCAAACAUGGAUAUGGAAGUCUGUAUAGCAACACCCUCAAUCCGUUGCUACCUGACCUAGUUAAUCCAGCAGAACCCGUCUUUUGUCCUUCGAAACGUCAAGGAUGCGAUGGCUGAGAAUCGCCCCAAGCCGGAGCUUAAAGACCCUCAGAACGUGCUGGCUGGUGCAUGUUGCGCAGACUGGUAUCUGUGGUAGUGACGCGAGCGACAUACUCCUGGUGUCUUUACUACCGGCCAUACUGACAAUACAUACGCCCACUAGUAUAAGCGUCUGAGCCGAUGAAAGCUGGGCGAGAGAAUGUGUUCAAGGUCAUGAUUGCCGGGGUGGAAUAGAUGUUGUUGUCAAUGUAGACAGUAUAGACUGCUGGAAAUGAACCUCGGCUGUUCCGAGGGCCGUAUUGCCGUCCCACUGUUUUACCACGGUUUCGUGCAACGUCGGCAUUUAUUCUGGCAGUUGUUUCCCGACUGCGGUGUUUUAUAAUAAACUGCUGUCUCUGAUGAGAUCAGUAAUUCUUGGUUGUCCCUAGCAAGAAAGCUCACAGGUUGAAAUCAUGUCUUCUGCACAGCAACGACUAUCGUCCAUCUCAAAUCAGCUUGCCGCUGGUGCUGCGAAUCCAGCAAAGCAGAGGCUUCUGGCUAAGAAUCCAGAUGACAUUGUGAUUACAUUGGCAGUCCGAACGCCCCUUACCAAAGCUAGGAAGGGCGGGUUGAAGGACACCACAUUGGAUGAUCUGCUGAUUUCCUUGUUGACGACUGUUCGCGAGAAAUCGAACAUCGACCCCAAUCUAGUCGAGGAUGUUUGCGUCGGCAAUGUUCUAAGUCAGGGACAGGCGUACAUCGCCCGUUCCGCUGUCCUGGCCGCAGGCUACCCCGUUACAACGGCAGCAUCCGUUGCGAACCGAUUCUGCUCUUCUGGGCUGCUGGCAGUCCAGAACAUUGCAAAUCAGAUCCUGGCCGGUUCGAUUGACAUCGGCAUCGCUGUCGGGGCGGAGAGCAUGAGUACCAACCCCGACGGUGGUGCGCCCCAGAUGUCCCAGCAGAUCCUGUCGCAUCCAAUUGCUUCACAGAACCAACAGCCUAUGGGCCAGACAUCGGAGAACGUAGCAGCCCAGUUCAACCUUACCAGAGAACAAAUCGACGAGUUUGCUGCAAAGAGUUUCCAGAAGGCUGAGCACGCUCAGAAAUCCGGUUGGUUCAAUGAUGAGAUUGUCCCUGUCCAUACCAAGGUCAAGGACCCCAAGACUGGCGAGGUGAAGGAGAUCGUGGUCGACCGUGACGAUGGCAUCCGUUAUGGAACCACCGCCGAGGGACUCGCUAAGAUCCGUGCUGCGUUCCCUCACUGGAAGCCUAGCGUGACUACUGGCGGAAACGCCAGCCAGAUUACGGACGGUGCAGCAGCCGUUGUCCUGAUGAAGCGAUCGCGCGCGCAGGACUUAGGACUAUCCAUCCUGGGCAAGUUCUGCGGUGCCACCGUCACAGGGCUGGAGCCUCGAAUCAUGGGUAUUGGCCCAUCUCGUGCUAUUCCCAAGAUUCUGUCCAAGUUUUCUUUGACCAAGGAUGAUGUCGACGUUUUUGAGAUCAACGAAGCGUUUGCAACCAUGGGUGUCUACUGUGUCAACAAACUAGGCCUUGACGAGUCAAAGGUCAAUCCAAGAGGUGGUGCAAUUGCCAUUGGGCAUCCACUGGGCUGCACAGGAGCACGCCAAGUCGUCACUGCUCUGUCCGAGCUACGACGGCAAGACAAACGGAUAGCAGUAACCUCAAUGUGCAUUGGAACGGGUAUGGGCAUGGCUGGGAUUUUUGUCUCCGAGCACUAAGUCCAAGGGCAAUAUGAAAAGUGCCAGGAUAUGCACCACUCCUUGUAUGAAGUACUGCGUAAUUUAUUCCCAGAGAGAGCAAUCCGAGACAUUGAGUCCAUGCUUUAACUUUAUCCUAUCCGUAUGCGCCUGCCUGAUAAGAGGAGGCUGGGCGCAUAGAUACGUGCCGUCCUCUGCAUCGUGAUGCGUGCUUUGAGAGAGGAGCUCAUUCCCGUGCGGCAGUAAUAGAGCUGUGUGGAGGGAUGAUGGCUCGGCUCCUCUG